CCGGGCAAUGGAACAACAAUAACAACUUCACCAACAACCACCAACUACCACACUUAACGCACCUACAUAAACCCCCAACUCUAAUUCCCCGGCUUACCCGGCGUCCAACGGCCAACGGCCACCCUCUCCAUCCACCAUGACACCACCAAGUCAAUCCCAACUUUCCGCAAGAAUGAUCCAAAACUUCACCGGCGAAUCCAACCUCGAGCCGCACUGGGGCUACGCCUACCGCGUGGUCCCUUGCCAAAACGACGCCGGCUCGUGCGCCUACCUGGACGUCGUGUACUCUGCCCACGACCGGGGGAUGCUUUACACCGGUAUUCUCUGGGCAACCAUAUUGGGAAUCUUGCUUGUUUGGGGAGUCGUCAGGCGGUUAUCGAUGGGCAGUGAUGGGGGGAGUAGAUACGAAAUGCCUUGUGAGCAGGAGAAUUUGUUGACGGGGGAGGUGGUUACCAAGCCUCGCUCGGUGGGGAGACUUACCAGGGCGAUGAGGGCGGUGGGCGCCACGGGACGGAGAUAUCUCCUCUCAAGCAAAGGAAUGAAGUCGGUAUUCGGCCAAGUCACCCGCCUCCAAGUCCUCAUCCUUUUGGUCCUAAUCGGCUACCUAACCAUCUGGUCCUUCGUCGGCAUCGUCUACGCCAAAUGGAUCACGCCCAUCAAGGGCCAACCCGCCCACAUCAAAAACACGCGCACCUCGCUCGGCCCAUGGGCCGACCGCGUCGGCGUACUGGCCUACGCCCUCACCCCGCUGUCCAUCCUGCUCGCCAGCCGGGAAUCGAUCUUAUCCCUGAUCACGGGCGUCCCCUACACCAGCUUCAUGUUCCUCCACCGCUGGACGGGCCACAUCAUUCUCGUGCAGUCGAUCCUGCACACCAUCGGCUGGGUCAUCGUCGAGGCGCGCCUGUACCGCCCGCAGCCGAGCGUGUGGAACGCCUUUAUCGUGCAGUCGUACGCCCGCUGGGGCGUGGUGGCCCUGGUGCUGCUCGUGCUGUUGUGGGUGGGCACGCUUCAGUGGACCAUCCGCCGCACGGGGUAUGAAUUCUUCCGCAAGGCGCACUACGUCCUGGCCAUGGUGUACAUUGGCGCCGUGAUUGGGCAUUGGAAGCAGUUGCAGUGUUUUCUGGUGCCCGGGCUGGUGCUGUGGUUUGUGGAUCGCGGUGCUAGAUUGGUUAGGACGGCGUUGCUGCAUUACGGGUAUAUCCCCAGCCAGGGCAAGGUGGGGUUCGCGGCGGCGCAGGCGGAGAUGAAGUUGCGGAGGGACGAGAAGCAUGGGGAUGUCGUGCGGUUGGACUUUGAGCACCCGCAGAGGGCGUGGAAGGUUGGGCAGCAUUUUUUCUUGUGCUUCACCGAGGGAAGCAUUUGGCAGAGUCACCCGUUUACGCCGCUGUCGUGGCCGGUGGAAAAUGGGAAGGGUACGGUCAGGCACUCGUAUAUCUUGAGGGCCAAGGGCGGAGAGACGAAGAAGUUGGCCAAGAUUGUGCGGGAUAAACUUGGUGCGCUGUCGGAGAAGGCAAUCGUCCCCACGACCCCGGUCAUCCUCCAGGGCCCCUAUGGCGAGAGCAUUGCGGAGGGCGUGACGCCCGACGUCAACGUUCUCUGCGUUGCCGGCGGAACUGGUAUCACUUAUGUACUUCCCCUCCUGAUCGAUCUGCUCCGGGACAGACACAUGAACCACGGAAGGAAGGUCGAGCUGGUCUGGGCCAUCAAGAGAAGCGAAGACGUCGAGUGGGUUGAGCCCGAGAUGGAGGAGUUGCGCAGACUCGGCGCUGCUCAUGGUCUGACCAUUCGUAUUUUCGUCACAGAUGAUGAUGCCGCAAAGGCGGCCCCAUCGGCCACUUGCUGCGGUGGAGAGUCGUCACAGGAGGAUGAUGACGACAUCAAGAGAGCGCCGAGGAUGUCUGCCCGAAGAGACAGCUCCACGGCGAGAGGAAGGCCGGAUGUCACGGCUGUGGUCAAGCAUUUCGUCGAAGGUGUUGCUCAAGGCUCAACACGGGUGUUUGGUAGUGGGCCGCCUGGCAUGAUUGGCGAGCUGAGGAGUGUUGUCGCUGACUGCAACUCUGGCUCGAAGGUCUGGAUGGGCGAGGACCGCUUCGAUGUGCGGCUCGUGUGUGACGAUCGGUUAGAGUGGUAGUUUCCCUGCUGUUAAUGAUGAGAUACCGCCUUUUAUGUUUAGUUACCUAUAAUGUCAAAUCAUGAACAAACGACGAACUCAGAACCAGAUGCGCCUGAAUCCCAUGCUCAUGAAAACUGUACCAUGUCUUGUGUCUCGCUGAGAAGACCUAGACAAGGCUUCACUUAUCAUGUUUUAGUGAUU